CUCGUCCGAUGCACUCCAGCCCCUUGACACUGUGGCUCCUCGCGGCGUUUGGGACGUCGACCGUCCACACUGCAAACGCCGGUGUCGUCCCACCCGAACGGUGCGCGCAGCUCUUUGUCGGUGGCUACGCCUAUUGCGUCGCGAAAACCGGCGCCCUGUGCUCACCGAGCGCGUACGGUGCGUGCCCCGGGCCUCAACCGAACCUUACCUUUGGCUCGACGUGCACGAAGAAUGUCGUCACGGGCCUGUACGCGUGCAAUGCGCUCUCGACGUCGCUCGAAUCCGGCUCGCUCGGUAGCAGCUCGGCGGAUGGACCCCCAUGCGUCCUCGACCAGACGAUCCCAGCACUGGAGAGCUGCGUCUUCCCGACGAGCGACGGCUGGACGUCUAUUAGUGUUGUGGGCAUGGACUCGUACUGCACCCGCGCCAACGCAGCGGGCUACUGCUCGGCCAACAUUCGCAACGGCGCGUGCCCCGUGGCGCAACCGGGGCUGCCGCGCGGAUCCGAGUGCCAGCUCUUGGACAAUGGCGUCUAUGGUUGUGUCGCCCGGACGAGCUGCGUCACGGCACCCACCAUGGCCCCCGUUGUGCCUUGCAUCGCACUGCCUCCGAUCAAGCUGGCUCCGAAAUAGUAGGUAUUCUGCGACCAAUGAAAAACCUUUUGCAUGCACGCUCCGUUGAGUGCACGGAGGUGGACGUUGG